UAUCAUCCAACACUCUUAGUUCCCAUUCUUCACAUUUCUAUCAGGACACUGCUAUCACUGUCUGUCUCUUGCUGAGACAUCAAAAUUUCAACACUUCAGAUGGCUCAGAAGGUGGUGCUCAAGGUUCCAACCAUGUCUGACGACAAGUCGAAGCAGAAAGCGAUCGAAGCCGUCGCAGAUAUCUACGGUAUUGAUUCCAUAGCUGCAGAUCUCAAGGACAACAAGAUGACCAUCAUUGGUGACAUGGACACCGUCGCGAUCGCAAAGAAGCUGAGGAAGCUCGGCAAGAUCGACAUCAUCUCAGUUGGACCUGCCAAGGAGGAGAAGAAGCCAGAGAAGAAGGAAGAAAAGAAAGAAGAGAAGAAAGAGGAAAAGAAAGAGGAGAAGAAGGAAGAGAAGAAAGACAAGAAAUGAAGCAACUCAUCUUGAAAUUAAAUCCAAUAUCAUCACGCGAAACGGCAAACAAAAGCUUGAUCCUCCACCUGAGUGGUGUCCCUGUUGAGAUAUUAUCACCUUGUAGUUUGCACAUUAUAUAUACACCCACAGCUGCAGAAAUCAAACCGUUUAUAUGUCA